AUGGAUCAGCCACCCAGGGCAAACGCGGCACAAUUAGCUGCAAGGAAUAUUAAAAAUGCCAGAGGCAAACACCCACGACGUCCUGGGCAAAUUCCAAGAGAAAAACCAACGGCACAAUGGGCCCAACCUGCAGGUGAAUCUGGAUUAUUCGGCGGGAGUAUACAAGCGACUGGCACAUUUGAUUUUGCGGCACCGAGCAGCUUAAAAUUGAAUCAACCCUCGAUGGGAGGAGUCACAAAUUCUUCAUCUAAUAGCUUGGAUAAUCCAGAUGGUAGAUUUUCUGGGGACGACCGCAAUCUGAAAAGAUUGUUUGGGCAAAGCGCUGCUCCGACCGAACACAAUUUUGGAGCAGCAAAUGUCCAGAAACAACCGAUGGAAACUACUUUUAACUUUCAGUCCGAUGUUCAACCAACAAAAAUUGGGAGUGAUAAAAAUAGUACCAAUGUGGGCUUCUCUUUUGGCUCCGCACCUCAACCUACACCAAGUUCUGGGAAUAUCUUUAAUUCUGUAGCUCAAUCUACCCCAAGUUCUGGGAAUAUCUUUAAUUCUGUACCAUCUGGAAACAAUGGUAACAGCAUCUUUAGCUUCAACAAUCUCUCCUCUUCCCAAGUAGCGCAAAACUCUUCAUUUCAAACCGAAUCUUCGACGCAACAUUCGCAAUCUAGAACAGCAGCUUUCACCUUUGGUAACAAUUCCGAUCAAAGUACUGUACCCGCUGGGAAAAACUGUUUUUCAUUCGGGGGUCAACAACUAGGUCUUGCCCAGAAUCCCAUUUUCUCCUCAGGACCAAAUACAGUCUCAACAAAUAUGUUUGGUACUAUACAGAAUACACAAAAUUCAAGCGCGAAUUCCAAACCAACCCUUAAUAUCACACCCUCACUUCCUGGGAGUAGUCUGUUCUCUUCAAAUCUCUCUGACAUCAAAAAGACGGAAGCUCCUAUAACUUCGAAUCUCUUUUCUACAUCAACGAGUAACCUGUUCGGAAAUCAGCAAGAAGCCACAAUUCCUCUUGCUGAUAAUACGUCUAACCAAAUAUUCGGGACUGUAGGGUGGAUUAGUGAAAAGUCCAAAACUACGAAUCAGAAACCUAUGUCAUCGAAUUUAAUGUUCCAGCAACCUUGUGCCGUCUCUUCAGCAACACCCUCUCACACAAAUCUGAAAAAUAUUUCAUCAGAGAGUACCACUCAAAACCCUUCUAGCAUCUUUUCUUAUCCGAAUCUCAAGGAUACCAAAGUGUCCGAACCAGAUAAUCAAGAUAGAUCAACCGAAAUUCCCUCUACAAAUCCACCUACAACUCAGAAAGUUGAUACACAAUUCUCAUUUCUCAACCGGCACGAGAAAACCCCCAAUUUUUCAGAUAAAAGAAAUAUAUUCGGAAGUCCAUCAAAAGACCUAGACGGCGCGAAAAACUCAGAAAAGAUAUCGGUAUUCAGUCAGAACACUCGAAAAAUUUGGCCACACAACACAUCUCACGCUCAAAUUGACUCAGGAACAAUUGAGAACGCCGACGCACACAUGACUACAAAAAACACUGAAAUUGCUGAAAUACGGGGCACUGUUAGCAGCACUGAUGUAGACUCAACACUCUUAAAAGAAACCCCUUGCAAGAAAUUUGAGGUAGAUUUAGAACCAAGCAAUAUUUUUAUUCGAAGCUCGAAUGAAAAUUCUAUCACUGGUGACAGCAAAUCUACACCUCAGAAUAUAUUUGAACAAGCUACUAGUUUGUCUCCUAUCCCUAAAAAUGAUUCAAUUCUUACCUCACCUGUGGGAAAGUCUGUACCUUUUGUGCCUGAUGCGUACUCGCCAGUAAAAUCACAAGGCAUAUCUGUAGUGAGCAAGGAUUCAAGCAAAUCUGCUAUUCCAAAGGGAACACAAUCGGCGCUCCAAAUCUAUGAUUCUAGGUCUGAACUUAGACUUCAAAACCGGUUUACACCCGAUUCAAUACCUGAAAAUCCAUCCUUCAGAAAUUUGGCUCUUAUAUCGCAAAUUAAAGAUGAAGAGAUUGAUAAAAAAAUACCGCCUGGGACCGAUGACGUCUCGAGACAACAUUUCUACGCUUCUUAUCGCCUCCGUUCCCUGAAUCAAGCUAUGGCAAAACUGUUUGCUGAUUUGCCGAUAUCUUCUGAUCCCCAAACUGCAUUAGAGUUUUUUAUUGAAGAACGCCGAAUCAUAUUAACAGAAUGCUCAAACAAAACUCACUCAAAGCGAAAGUCAAAUGUUGAAAGUGAUGAAGAGGAAAAUCCAAGUAAAAAAAGAAAGCCUAACAAUGCAGAUGUCUCCGCAAGCUCUCUGGCAAUAUCAGAACCAGUACCUAUUCCUUUCAAGCCCCGAACUAAGCGCAAACUAGCAGAAGUUGAAGAAUGUGAAAUUAAAGAUUCUGGUAAACGAAAUAAAGAGUCUGAUCAAUAUGCCCAACCCAUUUCGAAUAACUUAUCCCACACCUCCCACGAUAGCUGCACAUCUAACCUCAAAUCACCUUCUGGUGAUGCUUUUCAACAAUCAAAUUCACUUUAUCCACAAAUGCAUACAUUUCCAAGCCCCAACUCAAAUUAUGAGAAGGAAAAUGAAAACUUGAGUAGUCCAUCUGAUCGAGACAUGCGUUCAAAUUCCAUAUCGAAGGAAAUCUUGCACAAAACAAUUUCAAUUGAGAAAUCUGCCACAGCGAAUUUGAAAGAAUCUGAGACAGCAAAUAUAUUUAGAGAUAUUCUCGAAAAUUCAUCAUCAUCCGCCGAACCGAAAUCUAACAAGCAAGCUUCAGGGGUAUCGUGCAAUUCUCAAUCUGAACAUUCAAGAAUAUCAUAUCCCAAUCCUUUCAGUAUUGUUACUUCGACACCAGGAGAAUCUCAAGCUUCUAUAAACUACUCAACAUCGAUAAUUCCGAAACAGACUCCGGCAAUAAGCUCCUCGGCUAAUAACAUCGACAACGGUCGCCCCAGGUUUGACCUAGUGCCUACGUCUUCAAACGCCUUUAAGAGUAAUCUCGCAAUGCCUGUGUCUAGUUUUAUAGCCCAAAAUUCACAAAUUUCUGGCAGAGUUUCAACAGACUUCUUGGCCCAAUUUAAACUAAAGGCAAAAGAGAGUGAGGCUCAAGAAAUGGAAAAAGAUAAAAUAGAAGAUAUGGAAUCUGAUGAAGAUGAGGCAGAAUGGGAAGCACGUUGGAAAAAAAAGCGCGACACUCGAAAAUUGGAAUCUGGGACAAAUGACAAGCAAAAGUGUGCUACUUUUGUGCCAGGCAAAGGAUUUGUAAUUCAAGGCUUAGAUGCAACAAAUUCUGUAGCGUCCCCUCACACUGAAGAUAAACAGUCUUCGGAGAAGUUAAGUACAUCUGAUCAACCAGAAGUAAAAGACGACUCUACACAUGGUAUAAAUGUGAGCUUAAAUUCUUCUCUUAAAGGUUGUGGCUCGACACGCCACGAAUACCUUGAUAAUUCAUCCUCACCCAAUACCAUUAAAUUUUCUCAGGAGGAAAGCAAAGUUGAUCAGGAAUUAAUGAAGGCAAGCCCCUUUUGUCAAUCAGGUCAGGAUGGAAUUUUAAUUUCGUCGAAAUCGAAUAUAGAAGAUAAAUCUUACCCUAAGAAGGAAACUAAUACUUCCCUCACCAAUGAACUCAAGGCUGGAAAAAAUUCUGCGAGUAUGGAAUCGCAGACUUUGCUAGAUCAGACUGAUUCCAAGGAAUCCUCAAACGGAAGUAUAAUUUCUGCGGCCAAAACCCCCGCAAAAAGCAUAUUCGAGAGCACAUUAGCUACGCCGAACGUUAAUACCAACCCUUUUGCUCCAAAGGAUGAUAACUCUCAGCCUGUAUUUAACAAGAAAGCUGUAGGAUUCCACAACCCUUUUUCUAUCUCUCAAAAUGGAGCCUCUCCAUCUGACAAUACCUGGAAAAUAGACAAUCCGAUUCGAUUCGGCUCUAGUCCAGCAGGAACAUGUACACCAAAUACUAAAAACGAAAGCCCAAGAAGCAUAAUUCAAACCUCUGCGCCAAGUAUUUUCUCACUUCAAAAUAAAUCAAAGACUGAACCCACAUUGUUUUCUAACUCAGUUAUUCCCUCCACAAAAAGUUUUGACUCUAAAGAUAAGCAAGCACUGGCAGGUAGUUCCGAAACUUCUCGUCCCAGUUUAUUUAGCGCACCUACAUCAGAAGCUGGCCUUACUGGGGCAGCAUUCGUAUUUGGACAACCGAGCGGAUCAUUAUCUCUAACUACAUCUUUUAACAAACCAACUGAGGCAAACCAAACAUCAAAUGUUGAUACGUCUAAUAACGAUCACCAAAAUAACGAUAAUGAUGAUGAAAAACAAGAACAGAUUGAUCUUACUGUGACCGGACCGGGUGAGGAAAAUGAGGAAAUACUUCACGAAGUUCGAGUUAAAGCUCUCAAAUUUGUGUCUCAAAGUGAAAAAAGCGGGAAAGGUUGGGAAACUAAGGGUAUUGGCCCAUUGAGAGUCUUAAGACAUCAAGAAAGAGGCACAUGUCGAUUACUUUUACGUGGCGACCCUAGUGGGAAGGUUGUCCUCAACAAAAGUAUUCUCGGAAACGUCAACUACGAAAAUACCGGUAAGACACUAAAGCUCUUAUGUGCAUCUGACACCGGCAAAGGACUAGAAACUUGGGUUCUUCAACUCAAGACUGAGGAAUAUGCGAAGGAGUUGGCAGCGGUAUUGAUAAAGCACAAGCCUGUGUAG